AACUCAAGAUACCCAAAGCAUAUCUUGACAUGGCUUUCAACAUGAAUUAUUGGUAUGUAAGUAAGGUAAUCGCCAUGCUCAUGAUUCAUGAAGAUAUAAUCUAAUAAAGAAAGAUUGUUAUAGAAUUUGUGUAAUAGUACAAAUUAUCUAAAAUGUCUCAACUUAUCUAAAUAUGCCAAAUUUCUAAAAAUGGGCGGCCAAUUUACCUUACCAACCCGUGAAACUAACGAGGGCAACACCGUAAAUUCAGUGCUUCAGAAUUCUGCGCUAGAGAGUCUGUUUGGUUGUCACGUCGUUCACAGCUUGUGAUUUUCAUUUUUCUUGUGGGCGUCCGAAGAAUAUCGAAAGAAAUUAAUUUUGGGAUUGAAAGAAGAUAAAGACGGCAUUCCAAAUUUCAGAUCGAGCAAAACAAGCAAACGGUUCCUAAACCGUUCUUCUCGGAUUUGCAUUAGCUGUAUAAGCCAAAAACCAUUAUUCCCUAUAAAUCUCCCCUCUUUGAUCCGUUUCUUUCUCCAUCCCUCACUUUAUCUAUCGCUUUCUUUUCCCGGAAAAUAAAAUCAAAUGACCAUGGAUGAUCGGGAAACCUUUUUCCCUCAAGGCUAUCAUCUUCGAAAAGCUCUCUGCAAUUAGUUACCCACGCAUGCACAAGAAUCUGGCAGGUCCCAUAUUCAUCUCCCUUUCUUUAACAUUUUUCCAGAUUUGUAAUCGGAGAAAAGAAAAACAGAGAGAGGCAAAGGUUUCGUAAGCCUCUCAACCAUGACGAGGCAGAUUCUUCUCCGAUCACCCCCGGCGAACCGGAAGCCGCCUCUGUUGACAGACACUCAGAUUCCAAGCAAAUCGACAUCGUCUGAUGAGUCCCCGAAGACAAGACCACUGCAGUCGAAAAACAAGAACUUGCGCCUUGGCGAGGUGGCCGGUGGGACGGCAGCGGAGUGCGCGGCUGUGUGCUGCUGCUGUCCAUGCACCGUUAUGAACCUCCUGAUCCUAGCCGUCUAUAAGCUGCCGGCGGGGCUAUGCAAGAAGGCGAGGAGAAUAAGGAGAAGGAGGAAGAAGAAGAAGCAGCUGCAGCGACUUUUGGGUCCCACCGAAAGCAAAAGGUCCCACGGUGAUGAUGAGCUGGAGAGGGAGCUGAGAUCGGUGAUGGAAAGAGGAAAGAGUGUUCAUGAUGGCGUUGAUGCAACUGAGACCGUUGAUAUGGAGAAGGAGAUGUGGGACCGGUUCUAUUCCACCGGGUUUUGGAGGAGUCCGUCUCAGACAGAACCUUCCUCUUAGUGGCAAACACCAACCACAGUCCAUUUUGGGACUGUUUGGAAUGUUGUAAGUUGUAUUGUUGACGUGGGGCCCAUGAUGAGGGGUUUUCGUGUACAAUCAGAGUGCACAGAGAUUACCGUGUGAGUAAAUCAGGAGGAAAGUUGUAUUUGUCAUUUUCUUCACUUUUGAAACGGGGAGAAUUCGAACCCUAAUUACCGACUGAUGCACAUCAUAUUUAUCACUCUAACUAAUAGUUUGGGUGUUUGUAUUUUUCUUUCUUUUAAUCUGAGAAUUGGAUGAUGAUUGUUUGAGAUUUGUUUUCCCAAGUGAAAAUUUUGAUCCAAAAUUGAAUCCAAUAUAUAAUAGUAUAUAGAUUUGAUCUCU